GGCCACAGCCCAGGCCUCCUGCAGUCUGGUGCCAAAGAACUUUGUAUCCUGAGGCCAGUGACCUCGGGCAGAGCAGCAGCUGGCUGUGGCUUCUCUGCCACGUCCUCCGUGUGCUGAAGGCUCGGGUGCUUGACUGGCGCAGGAUGCUGAAGUUCCGAACAGUUCGUGGGGGCCUAAGGCUCCUGGGCGUCCGGCGGACCUCCACCGCCACUGCUGCCUCCCCAAACGUGCGGCGCCUGGAGUACAAGCCCAUUAAGAAAGUCAUGGUGGCCAACCGAGGUGAGAUCGCCAUCCGGGUGUUCCGGGCCUGCACGGAGCUGGGCAUCCGCACGGUGGCUGUCUACUCCGAGCAGGACACGGGCCAGAUGCACCGGCAGAAAGCUGACGAAGCCUACCUCAUCGGCCGCGGCCUGGCCCCCGUGCAGGCCUACCUGCACAUCCCCGACAUCAUCAAGGUGGCCAAGGAGAACAACGUGGACGCAGUGCACCCUGGUUACGGGUUCCUCUCCGAGCGGGCGGACUUCGCCCAAGCCUGCCAGGACGCUGGGGUCCGGUUCAUUGGGCCGAGCCCAGAGGUGGUCCGCAAGAUGGGAGAUAAGGUGGAGGCCCGCGCCAUUGCCAUCGCAGCAGGUGUCCCCGUGGUCCCGGGCACGGAUGCCCCCAUCACUUCCCUGCAUGAGGCCCACGAGUUCUCCAACACCUACGGCUUCCCCAUCAUCUUCAAGGCCGCCUACGGGGGUGGAGGCCGUGGCAUGAGGGUGGUGCACAGCUACGAGGAGCUGGAAGAGAAUUACACCCGGGCCUACUCCGAGGCUCUGGCAGCCUUCGGGAACGGCGCGCUGUUCGUGGAGAAGUUCAUCGAGAAGCCGCGCCACAUCGAGGUGCAGAUCUUGGGGGACCAGUAUGGGAACAUCCUGCACCUGUAUGAGCGCGACUGUUCCAUACAGCGGCGGCACCAGAAGGUGGUGGAGAUCGCCCCCGCUGCCCACCUGGACCCCCAGCUUCGGUCACGGCUUACCAGUGACUCUGUCAAGCUCGCCAAGCAGGUGGGCUACGAGAACGCGGGCACCGUGGAGUUCCUGGUGGACCGACAGGGCAAGCACUACUUCAUCGAGGUCAAUUCCCGCCUGCAGGUGGAGCACACGGUCACUGAGGAGAUCACAGAUGUGGACCUGGUCCAUGCCCAGAUCCAUGUGGCCGAGGGCAGGAGCCUGCCCGACCUGGGCCUGCGGCAGGAGAACAUCCGCAUCAAUGGCUGUGCCAUACAGUGCCGGGUCACGACCGAGGACCCUGCACGCAGCUUCCAGCCCGACACUGGCCGCAUCGAGGUGUUCCGCAGUGGAGAGGGCAUGGGCAUCCGCCUGGACAACGCCUCUGCCUUCCAAGGUGCUGUCAUCUCCCCCCACUAUGACUCCCUGCUGGUCAAAGUCAUCGCGCACGGCAAAGACCACCCCACAGCCGCCACCAAGAUGAGCAGAGCCCUGGCCGAGUUCCGCGUUCGAGGUGUGAAGACCAACAUCCCCUUCCUGCAGAAUGUGCUCAACAACCAGCAGUUCCUGGCAGGCACCGUGGACACCCAGUUCAUCGAUGAGAACCCCGAGUUAUUCCAGCUGCGGCCUGUGCAGAACCGGGCCCAGAAGCUGCUGCACUACCUCGGACACGUCAUGGUGAAUGGCCCCACCACCCCAAUCCCUGUCAAAGCCAGCCCCAGCUCCACGGACCCUGUUGUCCCUGCAGUGCCCAUAGGCCCACCCCCAGCUGGUUUCAGAGACAUCCUUCUGCGAGAAGGGCCUGAGGGCUUUGCUCGAGCUGUGCGGAACCACCCGGGACUGCUGCUGAUGGACACGACGUUCAGGGAUGCCCACCAGUCACUGCUGGCCACUCGCGUGCGCACUCAUGAUCUCAAAAAGAUCGCACCCUACGUUGCCCACAGCUUCAACAAGCUCUUCAGCAUGGAGAACUGGGGAGGGGCCACAUUUGAUGUUGCCAUGCGCUUCCUGUAUGAGUGCCCCUGGCGCCGACUGCAGGAGCUGCGGGAGCUGAUCCCCAACAUCCCAUUCCAGAUGCUGCUGCGGGGGGCCAAUGCUGUGGGCUACACCAACUAUCCUGACAACGUGGUCUUCAAGUUCUGCGAGGUGGCCAAAGAGAAUGGCAUGGAUGUCUUCCGGAUCUUUGACUCCCUCAACUACCUGCCCAACAUGCUCCUUGGCAUGGAGGCGGCAGGCAGUGCUGGGGGUGUGGUGGAGGCCGCCAUCUCCUACACGGGCGACGUGGCUGACCCCAGCCGCACUAAAUACUCGCUGCAGUACUACAUGGGCUUGGCUGAAGAGCUGGUGCGAGCCGGCACCCACAUCCUGUGCAUCAAGGACAUGGCAGGACUGCUGAAGCCAGCGGCUUGCACAAUGCUGGUCGGCUCCCUCCGGGACCGCUUCCCUGACCUCCCGCUGCACAUCCACACCCACGACACAUCAGGGGCAGGUGUGGCUGCCAUGCUGGCCUGUGCUCAGGCCGGGGCUGAUGUGGUGGAUGUGGCAGCUGACUCCAUGUCUGGGAUGACCUCACAGCCCAGCAUGGGCGCCUUGGUUGCUUGUACCAGAGGGACUCCCCUGGACACAGAGGUGCCCCUGGAGCGUGUGUUUGACUACAGCGAGUACUGGGAAGGGGCUCGGGGACUGUACGCAGCCUUUGACUGCACAGCCACCAUGAAGUCUGGCAACUCGGAUGUGUAUGAAAAUGAGAUCCCAGGGGGUCAGUACACCAACCUGCACUUCCAGGCCCACAGCAUGGGACUUGGAUCCAAGUUUAAGGAGGUCAAGAAGGCCUACGUGGAGGCCAACCAGAUGCUGGGUGACCUUAUCAAGGUGACACCCUCCUCCAAGAUUGUGGGGGACCUGGCCCAGUUUAUGGUGCAGAAUGGGCUGAGUCGAGCUGAGGCGGAAGCUCAGGCAGAAGAGCUGUCCUUUCCCCGCUCUGUGGUGGAGUUCCUGCAGGGCUACAUUGGUGUCCCUCACGGGGGGUUCCCUGAGCCCUUUCGCUCUAAGGUGCUGAAGGACCUGCCAAGGGUAGAGGGGCGGCCUGGGGCCUCCCUCCCUCCCCUGGACAUGCAGGCACUAGAGAAGGAGUUGGUAGAGCGGCAUGGCGAGGAGAUUACUCCAGAGGAUGUGCUCUCAGCAGCCAUGUACCCCGAUGUCUUUGCCCAAUUCAAGGAUUUCACUGCUACCUUUGGCCCCCUGGACAGCCUCAAUACCUGCCUCUUCCUGCAGGGCCCCAGGAUCGCAGAGGAGUUUGAGGUGGAGCUGGAGCGAGGCAAGACACUGCACAUCAAAGCCCUGGCUGUGAGUGACCUGAACCGGGCUGGCCAGAGGCAGGUCUUCUUUGAGCUCAAUGGGCAGCUGCGGUCCAUCCUGGUCAAGGACACACAGGCCAUGAAGGAGAUGCACUUCCACCCCAAGGCUCUGAAGGAUGUGAAAGGCCAGAUCGGAGCACCCAUGCCUGGGAAGGUGAUAGACAUCAAAGUGGCAGCAGGAGCCAAGGUAGUCAAGGGCCAGCCCCUGUGUGUGCUCAGUGCCAUGAAGAUGGAGACUGUGGUGACUUCGCCCAUGGAGGGUACUGUCUGCAAGGUCCAUGUGACCAAGGACAUGACACUAGAAGGCGAUGACCUCAUCCUGGAGAUCGAGUGAUCUUGCCCCAGACUGGCAGCCUGGCCAUCUCCACCCAACGCCUUCAAAAGAAGCUGUGCUGCCAGGGCAGGCCCAGGCCAGCCAGUGCCUGAGGGCAGGAAGGUCUGGCCCUGGAGGUCCUGUCUUCAGUGGGACAGCAGAGACAUCACCUGCAGUGGCCCAUUCCCUACAGCAAUCUGCUCCCCACUGGUGGAUAGCUGCUUACAUAUUCAUCUCUUGCCAAAUAAGGGUCUCCUCCUUGUAGGAGACUACAGGUGGGGAAGCAGGUGGUCUUUUGAUCUGGGGGAGAAGGCUUAGGGGGUCCUAAUUCUUGGCAGGGGAGACUUAAGCCCCAGGUCAUGGGAAAUUUCCUCAAUAAAACUGGCUUUUCCCUGC